UAGUUUUGGAGCGCAUUCACCGUCAGCUAAUCUGGAGGGAGCGAGCACAUUUCGAUCAACCAGAAAAUACUGUUAUUUUGUGGCGGGUAUACUUUGACAGCUGAGAAACCAAGACAUUCAAUCGCAUUGUAAACUUUGAAAAGUAAGCAAAUAGUAUUUGUCGAAACUACGAACAAACUUUAUCUUGCUUCGACUCGUGCGUAAAACAAAUAGAUACAACUCAUUUUUUCCCGAAGAAGUAAAGCUGUUUACUUAUGCAUAAUGUUAGGUGAAAUCGGACGUCACCAUUGAAAUUCAAUCGUUCAGUUUUCAAUUGCUUUUUAGCUUCCCAGGAGGACUGGUGGACUCGCAUUCUUCAGCACCAUACGGAGAGACAGGGCUACAAGUAACUCACUGUGAAGAGUGGAGAAGAAACUUUGUGAAGUCGCCUUAUCCAGCUGUCGGCGCCUUAUUUGAUUCAUUUUUUAAUUUGUGGAUUAUUGGAGAAAUUAUCAUCAUGGAAAAGUGGGAUAUAAUUCAUUGUAUCAAAAUGGAGAUUUGAAAACGUGGCAUUGUUUGUAUACGGCCGUUGUUCAGUUUAUUUCAGUCUGUGAACUGGAGUAGGCUAAGGACAACGUUUCUUCCUUAGAGAACGGACUGUACGAGUGAUCACAUAUUAUUCUUGUAGCUUCAUAGUUGGGGACAGUUGCAUUAGCAAACAUGCCACAGCUCAAUGGAGGCGGGGGGGAUGACCUGGGGGCAAAUGAUGAAAUGAUACCUUUCAAAGACGAGGGCGAGCAAGAGGAGAAAAUUUCAGAAAAUGUAUCCGCAGAACGGGAUUUGGAUGAUGUUAAAUCUUCUUUAGUGAACGAAUCGGAAAACAACAGCAGCUCUUCAGACUCAGAGCAAGCAGAGAGGCGUCCACUACCAAGACCAGAUUUAGAAAGUUACGAGAAAACCAGAGAUUACUUCAGCGAAGCACUAAGAAGACAGCAAGAUGGUGGCUUUUUCAAAAGCCCUCAUUAUCCUGGCUACCCAUUUCUAAUGAUCCCUGAUCUUACCAACCACUACAUUUCCAAUGGCUCCCUGUCGCCGAGUGCGAGAACGGUGAGUGUCCGCCACAAACCGAGGCCACAAUGUAACAACUGCGUUACGAUGCGGACAGGUCCACUGCCAUACUCCGAUGGCAUGCGUAAAAGUUAGUUCUGCACAAGUACACCGCCAUAUUCCUCCCGAGCGGCUCCUCAAGGAGUAAACCACUUCUUUGUUCUUUAGGGACUUUUCUUAUGUCAGUCUUCAAAAACUAUAUAACCAUAACACAUACUAAACUCGAUACCCUUUUUAGGCUAUAUCAUUUAGAAAGGCAAUAGAAGAGUUGAUCAGUCAGAAGUGGCUUUGGUUUUGUAUGAUUAUUAUUUUUUUUAAGUGUAAUUGAAAAACAAUUUAUUGCUAGAUUUUCUUUCGUGGCAAUUGUGUUGGUUGAAUGUAUAGUAACAUUGUCUUAAUCUGGGAAGAUAUCUUCACUGUGCUGUAUUAGGAUAUAAUUCUGAUAAUAAAUUCUGGAUUUGUAAGUGACGUUUUUCAACAUUUUGUGUAAUUUACACUUGGUUUAUUUUCCUAAUUAGCUAUGUAGGUUAAUAACAAGCAAUGAAAUGUCAAUGA